AUGUCUUUACCACUCUUUUCUAGACGCGAGCUUGUGGCUGUGAAAGAAGAACUCGUGCAACUGAAGCAGACAGUAGCCACCUUGCGGAAUGAGGUCAUCGCUGACUACACUGCAGAAGCGAAGUCUGUUGAGAGUGUGAAUAACUUGCCAGACUUGGACGACAUUAAUCAGCACAACAAACACCUCACAUACGAGUAUAUCGACUUCCUGUUGGCCAGCGAAAGGCCGGAAACGCGCGAACGAAUGUAUCUUUUGCUGAACCAACACGCAGAUUUUCAUAAAGACGACUUCGAAUUCUUAUGGCGAUUUGCUCGAUGCACAUUUCUUUAUUCCCAGAAUUUCAAUGACGUUGAUGAGGAAAAGAAAAGAAAACUUUGUUUCGAAGCAAAGAAGUAUGCAUACAAAGCGUUGGAGUUGAAAGAAGAUGAUGCGAAUGUGCAAAAAUGGUGUGCAGUAACAGUUGGAGCAUUGAGCGAUUUUCUUGGUUUCAAAUAUAAGCUUCAGAACGGUUUCACAUGCAGGGAGCACAUCCUCAAAUCCCUUAAACUGAAUCCUGACGACUGGUUCUCUCAUUAUAUUUAUGGUCGAUGGUGCUUCACGGUUGCUGCUCUUAGUUGGGUCGAGCGAAAAGUAGCCAGCACUCUCUUUGAAGAGCCACCAAUCGCUACAUAUGAAGAAGCUCUGACAGAAUUUCUUGAGGCCGAAAGAUUGCAGCCUAUAGCAUGGAAAGAGAACAUGCUUUACAUAGCGAAAUGUCAUCUUCAGAUGGGAAACAACGAGAUGGCACAUGAAUACUUGAAUGCUGCUGACGCCAUUCCUGUCACUUCAGCAGAAGUAUGA